AUGAAGGGGUCGUUUGUGCCCCUGCUGGCAUUCGCCAGUGCCGAAGGAGAGAAUCGUUGGGCUUCGGCUGACUUUCCUGAUCAAAAAGGACCAGUCCACGUUCCGAACAACAGAUGGGGCGGAAACUCCAAGGAGAAUGGCAACUAUGAGCCGCGCAAAGAGAAAUCGCCAGUCGACCUGAAGUUCUUCGUCAAAAGCCAGCCGGGAAAUGCGUUCUUUGUUCCAGACAGCUUCGAAGUAGCCGACUGGGUCGAGCGAUUCAGCGAAGAGUUCGACACCAACGAGGUCGCUACUAAUUUCACCGACGCCGAUGGCAACAGAAUUUACAACAGAAAAAUGAACGUUUUCAAUUCUGACUACUGGGAAUUCGCUCAGACCGAUACAGAGAGAGAGAACAACUGGGUCCGAGGAGUCAAUUCCUGCGGAGCUCACAGAGAACUCGGCCAGCAGGACGACGUCAACUGCCCGAAUGUCAUUGUCAUCAACACGGACGACAUGAGUUGGGCUGAUCUUUCUGUCAAUAAUCCUUCAAAGCUAAUUCCGACGCCGAAUUUGGAUCGGCUGGUCUCGAAGGGAAUCAACUUCCGAGAUGGCCACAGUUGCACUGCUCGAUGCGCUCCCAGCCGCUACUGUUUGAUGACGGGCCGUCACAGCUGGAGAAGAGGCGACUAUCACUACAAACCGAUGUAUUUGGAACACGGGCGAAAGAUUAUCCCGCAGAUGUUCAAGCGCGCAGGCUACAGGACCUACCUCGUUGGAAAGGCUCAGCCUACAGAAGCCAAGAUCACCAAGAUCUUCUCGAUCGACCACUACACUGAAUGCCGAGUAACGCAGAGUGAUGAAUUCGGCGAUGAAGAAGCAAAUGAAGAGAGACGAAGACGUCGACAGGCCAGUGACUUCCAGCGACUUGUCUACAAUGGAGGCGCUUACGAUCCAGCCGUCAACGAUUACAUGUACAUGGAUAUCGGUGAAGACGGAGAGGCAAUGGGCAAUGUCGCUCAGCGAGUAUGCUGGUUCGGCGCGGAUGUUUUGCUUAGAAACGAUUGCGAAGAGAGCUGGAGAUGUUUGCCGAAACGGUUCAACGCGGCACUGUAUGCUUCUUGCGUCGACGAAUGUAUGGCCCAAGCAGUGAACCGAGGAGACGAUGCGAAAUAUCAGGAAAUUCAAGAUACCUCUUGCCCAAGCAGACAGGGAUUCUGCGAUCCUGACAACACAGACUACAAGAACUUCGCUCUCCAAGAAGGUGUUCUCAAGUGGGGCUACGAUACUGGCUUCAACAGUUUCUCCUACUGCUGCUACCCAGGAGCUGCUUUCUUCAGAGACGAUUACAAUAUUGAGUCUCUUCGAUCUUAUGGCAUCUAUGUUGAUAUUCGAGAUGAUGCGCAUAUGUACAACGACAAUCUAAGAAUUCGCGAUGAUUGGAUCUCGAAGAACAUGCAGUACAUCAUCGGACGAAGUGGUUUAUUCAAGCAUUUCCAGGGCGAAAGCUUCCGCCCCUGGUCUGGAGCUGGCUACCCAAUUCUUGAUCGUUACACAAAACUCACUGUUGAACGAACAACUGGAGAACCGUGCUCUGAUCUUUCUGAAGAGAACCAGUGCAGCGAGCCUGAAGAAGUUAGUCAGUGUGACUGGUUCGAUAGCCUGGAAGACACCCUUAGAACUGCGAAAAAUAACAGGCCAGAUGAGCUUGUGCAGUUUUUCAACGAUGAAACAUUUGGAGACAUGCUUCAAGCACUCGAGGCUUCGUUCUUCACUAUGACUAGAAAUGAGACUGUUGCGCUCAACAAAUUCCAAUUUGUCGAGAGAAUCGUCGUCGAGAACAACUCCCUUCUUUCUUCGAGAAAACGAACUGAGCAAGAAAUUGCCGACUCCAUGAUAAACGUGAUGGGUCCAUGGCCAGAUCACGAUGGAGGAGAGUUUAAAAAGAUCGAUCCAACUUUCACCGUCCGAUUCUUCAAAAACUACGCCAAUCGAGGAGCAACAUCGAAAGAAAAGAACGAGCGAAGACGAGAAGUCGAGUCAUACAUCAUGGAUUUGGUCGCGAACAUGCUUGCACGAAUCGAUCUCAUCCGAGACAUCGAGUUGAAAUGUGACGAUCGGCGAAAACGAGACACUUCGGUUAACCUCCGUCCACAGCCUCAGCAAGGCAAUACGUCGUUUAAUCCCGCAGUCGCGAUGAAAUUCGUUGUGCGCGGUAACAUUAAGUCCAUGGAUCAGGAAAUAAUCCGGCCGAAUCUAAAUGCCACCGAGUUCCAGCAGUUGCGGGAGAACUACGAGUUCAGCUCCAACAUGUACAAAUUCAUCUACUCAGCGAACUCAGCUGACAUCAUCGAGGCACCUUAUGGCGCGGAAGGAAAGCCACGUCACUUUCAUUCCAAGGCAGAGGCCAAGGCGUUCGUGGAUCGGGUCGCAGAUGCUUUCCUCCAGUACCAAGGAAUCGAACCUGACGGACCUCUUAAUCCUGAAAACGGCCUGAAAACUUAUACCGACGAUCAGCGAGCGCGCUUCAAGCUUUGGGAGUGGGCACACACGAAGAAAUACGGAGGAUAUGGAUUCAAUUCGCCAAGAACUCAACCAUCUUUUGAUUCUCGUGAAGUGAUGAAAAACUUCCACGAAGAGGCGAGCAAAAACUUCGUCGAAGCAAAACACCACAUCGCCGAAAAGAACCAGCCCUUCUUCAUGUAUCUUGCUUUCCGUGCUCCUCAUCGCCCAUUCUCGCAUAUUGAAGAAUACGACUACGCCAGGCCAGGUGGAUUCAUUGGAAAAGCUGGAGAGCAGAUCCGCGAGUUUGAUGAUCGAAUUGGUAUGCUCAUGAAAACGCUCGAAGAUCUCAACAUUGCGGAUAAUACUUUUGUCAUGUUCACUUCUGACAAUGGCCCAGAUGGCUCGGGAUUUGCGAACCAGGAUUUCCAGGGACAUGUGAGAUUUGGAACACUUCGUGGAAAGAAGGCUUCUGUCUUCGAAGGCGGUCACAGAGUUCCAUUCUUAGUCUGGUGGCCGAAGGGAACUGACCAGUCUCUUUGGGGUUCAAACUAUGAUCUUCCUGUUGGUCAAUUGGAUCUCUUUGCUACUUUUGCCGAUAUGAUCAAGUACCCACUUCCGUCUGCGGAAAAGUGCAGCUAUUCUUUUGAUACCACUAACCCGCCGAUCAGAACAAACAAGAAGAACCGAUCUUUGGCCGAAAUUAAACGUGAACAAGCUUGGGUGCACGCUGAAGCCUCCAAAUUCCCCGACCUGAUCGUCAACGAUAAAAACGCUUUUUGGUCGAUCGAGACGUUGAGGACCAAGUGCACUUCAGAUGAUGAAGACUGUCCUUGCGACAAUUGGACGAACGAGAACAAUCCGGACUUCAACAAAACCAUUUCAGAUAUCUGCUACCAUCGAACUCUCGAACCAUGGAAAGCACACAAUCUCGGAAUCUGCCAUUGCAAGCCCAUUGAAAAAGACUGCCCAGAGGGUUACUGUUUCAGCAGAAUCUUGCCAGGAUCGACCAAGGAGGAUAUGACUGAGAUAACUGGUGGACGACACGCUAUCAAUAACCUCUUCUACCGGACCAACGAAGAUGGAUCCUCAAGCUAUGUCGGUCCAUGGGACACCAUGUCCGAUGAUGAGCGACGAGACUUCCGACGAGGACUUGAAUCUGUCCACAUGUAUCAUCAGUUCCUCACGCUCGAAGAAAAGACUGGCCUCGUCCUCGGAUUCGAUGGCUGCAUGGCAGAAGACUCUCAUUCCUUCCUCGACGCUUUCAAGGCUUCUGACGAAUCGAAAAACACUGGCAAGUUCCAUCGACGUCCAGCUGAGAUUUUCGGUGGUAAACUUGGUGAUAUUUCGCUUCGAAUGGGUCGAUACAAGCUUGUUCGAUGGAAUCCACCAAAGGAUCGACGAACUGGACCAAACGCUCAGCAUCUUCGACCGAACAACGAAGCCGAAUGGCCACGUGAUCCGAAUGGCGGCAAAACCGACAAGGAAAAGCCUGAGAACUGGCAAGAUCAAGAACUCUACCAGCACUGCACUUGGGCUCCAGUUUACACUGAAGACAUGGAGAACCCUUAUCUUUCGAAUUUGGUCAUGGAACGAAAGAAUUUGCCAAAGAAUCACACUGACAACCAGCGAUGGAUGUGUCAAAAAGAUCAUUUCUACGAGCUCUGGGACUUGAAUAUCAAUCCGGGUGAGCGACAACUUUGUAAUUCUGAGUACAAUGUCGAUGUUUGGGAGUCAAUGCGCGAGCAAGGAUCAUUCCAGGCCGCUGACAACCCACGUGAAGAUGGUUUCGAUGUCUUGUCUGCUCGAGGACUUGGAGGAAAUACAAUCAAUACUGAUUACCUUUACGGAAAGAAACUGCAAGACGGAAAGCCUGAAAAGCACCCGGAUCCACAUGGAAUCGGCUCAGGCAAGGAAUCCACUCCUGUUCCCGACUACGUCACCGACUGCUGCCUCGUUGAUUACGGCAAGCUUGAAGACAGACCAUGCCGAAACAGUGAGAGCGAUGUAUGCGUGAAACCAAGAAAUGAGCCCAUCGACUCAGCAGCCGAGAUUUUAAAAGUCAAUGCAAAGAAAGCAGCUAGAUGGAUGGAAAAGCGAGCUAACGUUCUCGAGCUGUUUAAAGCCUUCCCCGAUGACUUCAAGGAUUACUUCGCUUCUGUCGACCGUGAAGCUCGAGCUGAAUACUGGACUGAAAGGUUCAACGCUGCUGAACCUAUUUUCGAGAGCCAUUUCAAUCAGGAAUUAGCUGAAGCUACAGCUCUCAGAGAGAACCGACGGCUUUACAUGGCAAGAUCCCGUAAUUUCGAGAAUUUACCGAUCUUUGACGAAACUGAAGGAGCAAGGAGUGACGAUCCUUGUCUCGUUUUUGCUGCUCUCCGUGUCCAGCGAACUGUUCGAGGAGCAGACCGACUCACUGAUGCUCGAUUGACUGACAUCAUCGCUUCCGAUUCUUUCCUCGAGUGCAAACGAAGCAACUCAGACUUCAAACUCAACGAAGAUGGCUCGUACAAAAUGUUCUUCAACAUGAAAUUCAGCCGCUUCCUCUUCCCAAAGAGUACCAAUAUCGAUGACUACUCUAUGGAGUAUUUCGAGAAUCUCGCUGGAUGCGAAGAUAAUGAUUGUCUUCUCUCCAACAUUGAUAACAUGCUCGACAUUGAACAUCGCCACGACGCAAAUAACAACAUGAAAAUGGAUCCCGCUGAAGUUGUCGAACAGUUCAAUAAACGAAUUUUGAUCAAAGGUGGCUUCUCCACUAUGAGCACGUACGAGCCCUUCUGUCCACGAGGAUGCGUGAACUCUGCCUCCUGCAAAUGCCCAGUCAACGGUACGACUGCUGCCCGUAAGCGAAGAAAUACUUCUCCUAACCCAAUGUCUGCAUCUGCUAUCAUCCCACGCGCAAACAAAUCUAUCCUUCGUCGAUCAUCCCGUUCAGCCCUUCCUCCAAUGAAUAACAUGUACUACUUGAAACCAGAACACGUCGUCUGGGUCAUGGACAAGUUUGAACCAAAGCUUUCAACUUUCAACUCUUGGGUUGCUGAAAACUACGAGGUCGGAUAUCGCUGUGCGGAAUCACCAAUUCUUUCCCCUGGCCAAUACACACGGCUUGAUAUUCCAGACAUCCGUGGUCGAUUCUGCAAGCCAAAGGCCGAAGAAGAUACACUCAAGUGCAAGGUGCCCGAGCACAGUGGUUCUGUCGGAAAUGGUUUCAAGAUUGUUGACUCUGCUGAAGAUGCUGUGCGUUUCCCAGGCGCCGAGGAAGCUAUUGAGAUCAAGGGCUUUGGUGCAUAUGCUAAAUUCGCCAAAUGCAUGGCGGACGUAAUGCUCGAAAUCGAAGGAGCGGCACAUUAUCCGGAAUUGGACGAGAAACUCAAGGCCUUUGCUGGUCAGGAGGACACUGCUCUCUGGCGUCAGGAAGCGAAAGAUGAAAAGUAUCAGUUCUCGGGACUCCGAAAUGGUCUUAACCCACGAUCAUUGCAAUCUAAAGCUUCAAAUGUCCGAGGAAUUGACUCUAGCAGUCCGUACAUGGCAAAUGAACCAGCCGGAGUAGAGUCUCAGUACCUUCACGGAGGAGGAUCUCGAUACAUCCAGCCGAACAACGACGACUACUACGUCAAUGGGUGCUUGAAAUACCUAGAAGAAGCAGGCCUUCCAUCUGCGUACACUGUCCCAGGCAGCAAUAUUCCAGGCUCGCAGCGAGAGGACCACACUGUGAACUCCAUCUUGAAUACAGAGAAUGCCGGUGACGGACCAGGAUCUCUUGAUUAUGAUAUGGACGCCAGUCUGCUCGGUUACUAUCCGCUCAAGAAAAUGCCCCGUCUUGACGGAAAGUGCGUCAUGGUUCCUCGCUGGCUGCCCGAAAGAGAGGCCAACUUCGUAAAAUAUGGCAUCGUCAACUGUUAA